AUGAGCGUGAAGGGUGCUCAGGUCGAUACUGCACACGGAGCACUCGACAGAGAAAUCUUUGAUAAUGGGUUUCCAUCCGAUAAUGGUGGCUGCAGGGACAGCGAUCAGGGCAUCCCGCCGCACACAGGCGCAGUCAACGCGAUGCUCCGGAACCUGUCAACAAGCGUGCCGUUCGACGCCUCCGUCUAUGGUAGCUAUACCUUUGUGCACGAGUCCUGGGAACCGUGUCCUACUGCAGUCAACGCUUGGCAGCGUUUAUGCGAAGUCUGGCGAGCGAGACAGGAGCUGCAACAGAUCGAGCGUCAGCUCGAACAGGUGCGGCGCAGAGCGUCCUCGCUGCUGCCAAUGCAGAAGACCAGCUCCGAAACGAAUCAAGACGCGAUGACGACAAACGUCUACCGCACCACAUAUGCCCAGAUACAUAGACUACUGCUCGAACGCGAGCAGGCGCGACGAGCGCUCUCCGCGCGGCCCGUAACGCUUCGCGACGAUACACAGGUUCUCUCCCGCAGCCUAGAGGCUAUUCAGUUCCGAAUCCCUUCCGUCGAUGAUAUUCGACGCGCUUCUGUGAUUGAAAUGAACCGCAAACAAUUGUACACCCCCGAGCACGACAUCGUCCCGCACGGCGCACUGGACAAGCACCUAGGCGUCAGCGAUAAGAACGAGCGCUGUGCAACCUGCGGACUCUCCCUGGCUGACUGUGCCGGCCAUUUCGGUCAUAUCGAACUAGUGCUUCCUGUGUUCCACGUUGGCUAUCUGAGUUUCUUGCUUCAAGUACUCCAGUGCAUCUGCAAGCGCUGUAGUGGCCUACUUGCAGAUGCACAGUUCGUUGAGCAUCUGCGUCAUCAACAACGUGAGCAUCGCGCUCGAAACACACCGGGCUACCUUCAGAGCCUCCUCAAGCGCCACUUGGAAUGGGCCAAGCGCUCCUCGAUCUGCCGACACUGCGGCGCUCCGAAUGGUCUCGUUCGUAAAGUCAGCAGCCCGCGGGAAUGGCUCGCCACUGCAUCCGCGGCAGCGACAAGCUCUAGUACGACUUGUACGCAGCGGGAUGGCAGCGGUGGCAUCGCAACACGAGCCGCCUCUGGGCUGCGCUCGAAUUCCUCGAUGAGCCAUACAGGAGCACCGCGACUCGUGCAUGAACUGAUGCCCCGGGCCGGCUGGAGCCACCGCCAGUACCUCCAACUUGAACUUUACUUGGCGCACUGGUACGAACGGGCGAGCUUUGCAGCUGGAAGGAACUUGCGUCGAUGCCCAGCGGAUCAGGUCAUUGCACAGAAGGCGCCCACUGCACAGGCCAGUUCGAUCGCUGGAGUCUUGAUGCACACCGCGGACGGCGAUAAGGACGACUUGGACAGCGACCACAACGAGUUCAACGCUUUACCGAGCGCACUGGGCAAGCCAGCAGCCUCUGGGGCGUCACUGUCUGCUGCCGUUGCAGCUCGCAGGAUGAUGCAUCGCUCCCGCAAGGCACACUUUGCAUUCGAGCUGACGCCGCUCCACGUACUGGAACUGCUGCGAAACAUUGCACCGGCGGACCUUGAAGCACUCGGCAUGGAUCCCGACACCACGAGACCCGAGGAUAUGCUCCUGCGCUGCGUUGCCGUUCCGCCAGUCUGCAUUCGUCCCAGCGUUUGUAACGAUCCAUCCCAAGGGAGCACUGAGGACGAUCUCACGAUCAUGCUUGCCGAUAUAGCGGGUGCGAAUGCUCUUGUGAUGGAGCAACUGGUCAAAGGCAGCGAUUUGGGCAAACUGCUCGAUGCUUGGGAUCAUUUGCAACUCGCUGUUGCCCGCUACAUUCAUGCAGACUAUCCAGGUCUACCGGCUAGUCUCUACUACAAGGCACAGAUCGGUCUCUGCCAACGCCUGAAAGGCAAACAGGGGCGCUUCCGGGGAAAUCUCUCGGGCAAGCGGGUCGACUUUUCGGCUCGAACGGUCAUAUCUCCGGACCCGAACUUGUCCAUCGAUCAGGUGGGUGUUCCGCUGCGGAUCGCGAAGAUUCUCACCUACCCGGAGCGCGUCACGCCCUGGAACAUCGACCAGCUGCGGAAAAGUGUCCUGCGAGGCCCGGAUCGCCAUCCAGGUGCCAACUACGUGCUCUUUCCUGAUGGAAGCAAGCGUUUUCUUCGCUUUGGUGACCGCGAGGACAUCGCUCGCAGUCUCUGCGUGGGCUGCGUCGUCGAGCGUCACCUCCGAGACGGUGACCUGGUGCUCUUCAAUCGACAACCGUCGUUGCACCGGCUUUCAAUCAUGGCGCACUCGGUGAAAGUGAUUGCUGGUCGGACCUUCCGCUUCAAUGAGUGCGUAUGUGCGCCCUAUAAUGCCGACUUUGAUGGCGACGAAAUGAACCUGCACGUGCCGCAGACCGAGGAGGCGCGAGCAGAAGCACGAGCGUUGCUUGCCGUUCCCCAGAACCUGCUCUCGCCACGCAACGGUGAGCCGCUCAUCGCCUGCACUCAGGAUUUCAUCACCGCGCUGUACCUGCUGACCCACAAGGACGUCUUCUAUGGACGCUGGGCUGCGGUCCAGUGUCUGAGCUUCGGCCUGGAACCGGAGGCAUCGGCAGCGAUCCUUGGACGCCUGCCCGAGCCGGCAAUUCUCCAUCCGCUUCCCUUGUGGACAGGAAAGCAGCUCUUCAGCGCGCUGGUGCAGGCCGAUCCCGCCCUCAGCGAUGAGGCAGUGCGCGUGCUCAUCUGCUUUGAUGCAACCGAGAAAGCCUACACUCAUGAAGGCAUCUGGUGUCGUGCCGACGCCUACGUCUGUGUCCGAUCCGCGGAGCUCAUCAGUGGCCAGGUCGCGAAACGAACGCUGGGCUCCCAGUCGAAGCAGUCCCUGCUCUACGUCCUGCAGCGAGAAGCAGGGCCACUGCUUGCCGUGCGCUGCAUGAACCGCCUAGCCCGUUUCGCGAGCCGUUGGCUCUCUGAGUACGGCUUCAGUUUUGGGAUCGAUGAUGUUCGACCCUCGCCGGCCCUGGAACACGCCAAAGCUGUGCGCAUUCGCAACGCCUACACCCAAGUUCAGGAUGCUAUCGAGCGAUAUCGAGCAGGUGUUAUGCGACCUCGCCCCGGUUACACCGACGAGGAGACCCUCGAGUGGCACAUUCAUCGACUCUUGAGCGACCUGCGCGAACACGCUGGACAAGUAUGUCUCCAGGAGAUGGCACCCCACAACACUGCGAUGAUCAUGGCCAUGAGCGGGGCGAAAGGCAGCACCAUCAACAUCUCCCAGAUGGUGGCUUGUGUCGGACAACAGACCGUGAACGGUACGCGCGUCCGAGCAGGGUUUCACCAGCGCACACUGCCUCAUUUUAUGCGCGGGGAUAAGUCACCAGAGGCAGGUGGGUUUGUGGCAAACUCGUUCUAUUCAGGGAUGAACGCAAUCGAGUUCUUCUUCCAUUCGAUGGCGGGACGCGAGGGCCUCGUAGAUACCGCAGUGAAAACCGCAGAAACCGGCUACAUGCAACGCCGUUUUAUGAAAGCGCUUGAGGACCUCCGCGUCGCAUACGAUGAUACUGUCCGCACAAGUGAUGCCAGUCUGGUACAGUUGCGCUUUGGCGGUGACGGUCUGGAUCCCCUGGAAAUGGAAGCGAGCGACGGUCAAGCUAUCGACUGGGAGCGACUCUGGACGACGGUGCAGUGGCUGGACGCACACUCUGAUCCGCUGGUUGAACGGGCGCUCGGUGGACGCUUCCUGGCGGAUAGCGUUCCGAGCGCGGUCGCGGUAGCGAUGCCCGACACUGGGAGCGCGCAGGCGUUGCCAGGCGCUAGCCACAGGUAUCAGCAACAACAACAACAACAACAACGACUACAACAACAGCGUCGAUCCUGGACGUUGGCGUCGCCCCGGAUGCAACCAGAGCCUGAACGCAUGGUCGACGACCUACAGAGGCCGCUUCUAGAAGCGCUGGAGGCAGCGGACCCGUCGACGGCUGCUUUCGAGCAACAGCAACAGCAGGUCCCUCUAAGCUGGCCGGGGCGUGUUCGCCAAGGUGUACUAGCUCUGGCGACACGACACAGUCCGCUGACGCCGCGACAAUGGCAACUGCUGAUGACCCUAACGGAACGCAAGCUCCGGCGAGCGCUCAUCGAACCUGGAACCGCAGUCGGUGCCAUUGCUGCCCAGUCGAUUGGGGAACCGUCCACCCAGAUGACCCUCAAGACGUUUCAUUUUGCAGGAGUGGCGUCGAUGAACAUUACCCAGGGCGUUCCGAGAAUCAAAGAGCUCGUGAAUGCAACCCGUCGGAUCGCAACUCCGCUGGUAACUGCAUACCUGGAGACGACGGCUCCAGGGCAGCAAGAGCCUCGGGCGCUCGCCUACAACCUGCAGCGUCGGCUGGAGUGUCGACGUCUCAAACAGGUCAUUCGGUAUGGAGAAGUGCGCUGGAAUGCAUCCGGUGUAUACCUGGAUUACGUCCUCGACGAGCGCUUUGUCGCCGAGUACGGUCUUCAUGCCAUCGACGCAAAAGCGUCUGCAACAUUGGAAGCCAGUGGAGCAAAGGCGCUGCCAAACAUGACUGGAAUUUCUCAGGUUGAGUCCUUGUGUCGUCGUUUGCGCGCUCAGCUGCCUUGGCCGGCACUCUCCGAGGAAGAGGACACAUGCAAUGACCCCCGUCGUGACGAAUCGACCGGGAACGUCCGUGUGGUAUACGCCAACGGUAGCAGCGACGGCAGCGACGACGACGUUGUCCAUCUCCAGUUUUGGCCACCGAGCGCGUUGGCACGUUCACGACCUACUCGGCGACGAAUGGGCAGCGCCUCGGCAGCGGCAGCAGUUGCAGCAACAGCAGCAGCAACAACAGAGACAAACGUUGCGGACUGGGAGCCAGCGCUCGCUCAGCUGCAACGUCUCGUACCAGAGCUGGUUGUCAGUGGACUUGCGAGCAUCGCUCGCGUUGUUUGGAGUCAGGCGCUCUCUCCUGCGAGCGAUAGCGCUGGGAAAAGCGGGGAAGCUGCUGCCGCUGCUGCUGCCGCUUCUGCUGCUACCGAGUCUAUCCAGUUGCUCGCUGAAACCGAAGAUAUGCGUUCGGUGAUGAAUACGCAAGGCAUCGAUGCGAGUAGUGUCUACUGCAACCACGUACUGGUCGUGGAGCAGGUCCUAGGUAUCGAGGCAGCGCGAAGCACCAUCGUGAAGGAGGUGCUGGAGACCAUGGCUGCGCACGGGGUAACGCUUGAUGCUCGUCAUGUGGACCUGCUCUCCGACAUGAUGACCCAGAGUGGGCAAGUGCUUGGCAUCACGCGCUUUGGAAUCAGCAAGAUGCGUCAGAGUACCCUGAUGCUGGCGAGUUUUGAGAAGACCGUGGAUCAUCUCUUUGAGGCUGCGGUUCGUUCACGUUCUGAUCGGAUUCGAGGAGUCAGUGAGCGGGUGAUUAUGGGAAAGCCAGUGCCACUGGGCACCGGCAUGGUGUCAGUCGGCUAUGUCGAGUGUCCUGAACGCGUCGCACUCGCUCCGCAACGCGAUGCGACUUGUUCCGGGUCGGAGGAGGCGGUUUCGUCUAGUUUGGAGGGUACGUCAAGGUCAAGAUCUAGGCCAGAGGCGAUACAAAGUGCUGACGACGAGGCGCCACGAGACGUAGAUCGCCCAGCAACAGAGCGAGGAGUAGAUAGGAUCACAAACGGAACAACAACAGCAGUAGCAGCAGCAGCAGCAGGAGGAGAUGCAGACGAAACGUUUGCCGCCAUGCCGUUCCCAAACCAGAAGCGACUUGCCUGGCAUUUGUUGCGACCGCCCGAGGCAGCGACCUGGUCGAGAAAUUGCAACAGGCGUGAAAAGGCAACCAUCGUUCACGAGCAGUGA